AUUUGACUAGAAUUGACAAAAGCUUUUGCUUUGUUUCAGAGAUUCAGGAAGCAAGAAAAAUUUAGAAAAUGGAAGAACAAAACCUCUCCUCGUACGCAAUGAUCUUAUCAAGCUCUUCUGUUCUUCCCAUGGUUCUUAAGACAGCCAUUGAUCUUGGUCUCUUUGACAUAUUAGCUGAAUCUGGUCCUUCCUCUGCUUCUCAGAUCUUUUCUUUGUUGUCUAAUGAGACAAAGAAACAUCAUGAUUCAAGCUUGGUCAAUCGGAUUCUGAGAUUUCUUGCGAGUUACUCUAUACUCACAUGCUCUGUUUCUACUGAACACGGUGAGCCAUUUGCAAUCUAUGGCUUAGCUCCUGUUGCCAAGUACUUCACCAAGAACCAAAAUGGAGGUGGAUCGUUGGCUCCGAUGGUGAAUCUGUUUCAGGACAAGGUCGUGACUGAUAUGUGGUACAACCUUAAAGAUUCUGUUCUUGAAGGAGGGCUUCCAUUCAACAACACUCACGGUUCAAGCGCGGUUGAACUGGUAGGCAGUGAUUCAAGAUUCAGAGAAGUGUUCCAAAGCUCCAUGAAAGGUUUCAAUGAAGUAUUCAUAGAAGAAUUUCUAAAGAACUACAAUGGUUUUGAUGGUGUGAAGUCUUUGGUUGAUGUUGGUGGUGGAGAUGGCUCUCUUCUCAGUAGAAUCAUCUCUAAGCAUACUCACAUUAUCAAAGCUAUUAACUUUGAUUUGCCCACUGUUAUCAACACUUCAUUACCUUCUCCAGGAAUUGAGCAUGUUGCUGGAGAUAUGUUUACAAACACUCCUAAAGGAGAAGCUAUUUUCAUGAAGGUUAACUUUUUUAAAAGCUUUCUCAAGUCUUAACAGAAUCAUAUACUUAAAAAAAGAUAAUAUCUAGGUUUCUUGUGUGUUUGCUACAACUUAUAACAGUGGAUGCUCCAUAGCUGGGACGAUGACCAUUGCGUGAAGAUACUUUCCAACUGUUAUCAGUCGUUACCGUCAAAUGGGAAGGUGAUUGUAGUCGAUAUGGUAAUCCCAGAGUUCCCAGGAGACACUCUCUUAGACAGAAGCUUGUUUCAGUUUGAGUUGUUCAUGAUGAACAUGAACCCAUCAGGGAAAGAACGAACAAAGAAAGAAUUCGAGAUCUUAGCUCGUCUCGCCGGAUUCUCUAAUGUCCAAGUUCCAUUCACAUCUCUCUGUUUCUCAGUUCUUGAGUUCCACAAGAACAAGUGAUAUGUAUCAUUUUGAUUUAAGACGUGUUCUUCAAGAUUCACAGACCCCGAAUCUAAGGGUUCUGUUCCUUUUCUACUUGAAUAGUUACAUGAUGUCUCUUGAUAUAUUC